GUCUGUUCCUUUAAGUGAUUUCUCCAAAAGCUCUUUUAGUGAUGAUGCUUAUAUUCCAUAUUCACAGAAACUGGUGGAAUGUGAAAUCUUCCACAGAGUGAGCAGAACUUUGUCAACUGGAAAGAACAACUUUUUCCAACAUGAACACAGACAAGAAUCCUGGAUUUGUACCCACAAUAGGAAAUGGGAUUGACAAUUUCACUCCUGGUGCAAAUGCGAAGCCAUUGGAGGAGGAAGAAAGGAGUAUCUCAUUCACUGAUAAUGAAAUGCAGUGCCUUAAAGGCAUGGUAAAGGUUGAGGAUGAAGAGAUUGAAAACAAUGAGACACAUUCUGAAGCUGACAAAGAAAAAGCAGUUUUGCCAAUGGACCAAAAAGAGGAGGAAGGAGUGGAGGAAGGAUACGAUGGUUACAGGACCGAAGAUGACGAUGACAAUGAUGAAGAGAGAGAUUCCGUGGCUGAGCCAGAGGACUUGUCGCUGGUGGACUAUGCGCUUUACAACAGCACAGCUCUGCAGGAUGCCUCAGCAGGAGCCACAUCAGAGAGGCCUUACAUGACAGGAGGCACGACUCCCCACAUGCAGUCAAUGGGGAAGCUUAACUGUGACAUCUGUGGCUUGUCCUGCGUCAGCAUCAACGUACUGCUGGUGCACAAACGCAGUCACACGGGUGAGAGACCAUUCCAUUGUGCUCAGUGUGGGGCUUCUUUUACCCAGAAAGGAAACCUGCUUCGCCACAUCAAACUACAUUCCGGGGAGAAGCCUUUCAAAUGUCCCAUGUGCAGCUAUGCUUGCCGCCGACGUGACGCCUUGAGCGGGCACCUGCGCACCCAUUCUGUAGAGAAGCCCUUCAAGUGCACCCUCUGCAGUCGCAGUUACAAGCAGCGCAGCUCCCUCGAGGAGCACCGAGAGAGGUGCCAUGUGUACAUUCGCAGCAAAGCACCUGCUGAGAAAGACGACAGUCACCUAUCAAGGACUCAGAUGGGCACCGAGCGUGCUCUGCUACUUGACAGGCUGGCCACAAAUGUAGCCAAACGCAAGAGUUCCAUGCCGCAGAAGUUUACAGGUGAUAAUGGUGUCUGUCUGGACCUAAGCUUGAACAGGAACGCAGCUCACCUUCAGGACCCUCCAUUAGGCUCCCCAGGGCCUGACCCGCACUACCAACAGCCAUUAAUGCGUUCGGGCACAGAAAGCGAUGUGGCUCACUCCCAAAGGCCGUACCCAGUUCUGUUAAGCCGCAAUGACAUAAAUUCUAUUGGCCUCACUAACGGCCACAAAAUGAUGAUGCCGUUGCCAGGUUUCCCUCACACCUCCCAGCAACCUCCUGGCAUGGAUGUGUUCAAUGCUGAUGGCCCUCAGGGAUCUCCUUUCAUGUAUAGCUUGGGCCACUUGCUGGGCGGGCUGAACCAUCAGAACGGGAUCCCACAUUCUCAGCCUAUCCCCUUAUCACCCCUGGAGGCUUUGCAGGUGACACGGGCUGAUGGAGAAGCUGGGGGGAUGCCUGGGGCCUUGUACUCUUGCAGUCACUGCAAGGUGAUCUUUCUUGACUACGUCAUGUUCACUAUCCAUAUGGGCUGCCACGGCUUCCGCGACCCGCUUGAGUGCAAUGUGUGUGGCCAUCGUAGUCGAGACCGCUACGAAUUCUCAUCGCACAUCGUCCGUGGAGAGCACCGACUGGAAAUGAAGUAGCUACCAUGCUACACGCGCAAUUAGGUAACACCAAAGGACUACACAGAUUUAUUACUUUCCAAUGUGGCUGGCUAGCGGAAGCAGAAAUGAAAAGAUGGACUAUGUGGUGUGUUUUGAGUCUAUAUUAUACAGUAGGAGACAGGUUUCAGGGAUGUUCUUAGUCAAGCUGUACUCAUCUGAUGGGCUCUAGAGCAGGAACAAGGUAGCCUCAAGGACCCGCCAUAAGUAGCCCACGGGCCUAUUCUAAAAAUAGGUCAUCAGUCAUGGGACAUUGUGAUUUCCAGCAAUGUUGGAGAUCAUUUGAAAAUGUAAACAUUUGCAGAAAUUCAUAGAAAUAGUGUUGGCUUUUGAUAUUACGUUUAUGAUGUUGUUGAAUCAUGGUUGAUAAAUAUUAACUAUUGUGAGAAAAUAUUUUGUUCAGUGUCUUCACAUUUAAGAUUCUGAUAAUGACAGAUAAUAAUAUGUUAUUCAAGUUCAUGUUAUCAAAUUUCAGAAGUGUGCAUCAAACUAGUUUGCAUUCAUCAGAAGUACUGGAGCACUCAGUGACAAAAAGGUUGUUGAGCAGUGCUGUAGAAAGUCAACCUUGGUGUAUAAGCAGGCUAUAGCAGCUGUUCAUUUAGAACAUUCAAAUGUCUAGAAUAGAAAAAUAUUGUGUUGAUGGGUUUUUGGUUUUUUUUUUGCAAAGAGGUGAGAAUAAAACGAAUAUUUUUUUUGUCACAUGAA